UUUAUAUAUAAAAUAUCGUUAAAGUUAUGUGAAUGACUGAUAAAAAAAUUCAAUGAAAUUUGAUUAAAGUGCAAAUUUUAUAUUAUCUAGAAAAAUACAAUAUUAUAAGAUAUUUAUUAUACGAGUGUAAGGGAUUAUAUUACACAGUUUACGUUAAUUUUAAAAUAGUUAUAAAAUGUCCUCUUCUACGGCCGAUCAAGAAGUGGUCGUAGCAUCCCCAGUCGACGCUCAUCCCGUACGAAAAGAUCGAAAACUAUGGCGCGAUUUGACCGCUUAUUGGAUCUUGGGCUUGUGCAACAACUACGGCUAUGUGGUCAUGUUGAGCGCGGCACAUGACAUUAUCUCACAGUUCCACGAUAAAACAGAUGAUGAUGACGAAACCGUUAGUAAUGGUCGAAAUUGUCAUAUUGUAUCCACUGGAGCUAUUUUAUUAGCAGAUAUUUUGCCAUCACUUUUCGUCAAAAUUAUUAUGCCUUUUAUACCGUUUUGGGUGAAUUUACGUAUAGCAACUGCUGUUGGCUUAUCCGCUGCUGGUUUUCUAUUAGUUGGUUUUGCUGAAGCCGAAUGGAUGGCUUUAUUGGGUGUUAUAGUUACUUCUGCUAGUAGUGGAAUUGGAGAAACAACAUUUUUGGCCUAUUCCUCACUUUUUGAUAAAAACGUUGUCUCUACAUGGUCUUCCGGUACUGGUGGAGCUGGUGUUAUUGGUUCACUUUCUUAUGCUAUGCUACGUGGUCUUGGUGUUAGUGCGCGUGAUACAAUGCUUAUUAUGUUAAUCUUUCCCGUUAUUGAGGCACUUUCAUUUUGGAUGCUACUUAGAAAACCGAUAAUACUACCUGUGACAACAGUGGAAUCAACUGAAGAACUAAUAGCAGAUGAACCACCGUUGGAAGGCUUCAAAGAGAAAAUUAUGUACAUCAAACAUUUGGUAAAAUAUAUGGUGCCACUUGCAUUGGUUUACUUCUUUGAAUACUUUAUCAAUCAAGGAUUGUUUGAGUUGGUAUUCUUUGACAACACUUUCUUGGAUAAAGAUGCACAAUAUCGCUGGUUGAAUGUAGACUAUCAAAUUGGUGUCUUUAUAUCACGUUCAUCAGUUAAUCUCUUCCAACUUAACAAGAUUUGGUUGAUGUCGGUGUUUCAAUUUGUCAACGUCGUUUAUUUCCUCACAGAAGUCAUUUACUUCUAUACACCAAAUAUUUGGAUUGUCUUUGUCAUAGUGCUUUGGGAAGGUUUACUGGGUGGUGGCGCUUAUGUAAAUACAUUCUAUAGAAUGUCAAAAGAAAUAUCGCCUGGACGUCGACAAUUUGCAAUGUCUAUGGUUGUGCAAUCUGAUUCAUAUGGAAUUGCCUUAGCAGGAUUCCUAGCCAUUCCAGUACACAAUGCGAUUUGUUCCCUGCCUGCUGCUGUAAGAAGCGUAGUUUGGUAGUGUAAAUAUUGUACUAGCAAAAUGAACAGUAAUUAAUUUAAAUUUAAUUAGUAUAAUUAAAUACAUCAAAAAUAUAUUUU